AUAUGAAGUGUUGUGAAUAAAUAAAAGGUAAUACGACGCUCUCAAACACCCCCUACACUCUUCAAUCACGCCCACAUAUUGCAUAUAAGUUAUAGCUGUUGACUAGGGUGUGAAUAUUUCUAUAGCUAUCAGAACUUCGAGCGGAGAUGGCUGAUUGUGGACCUACCCAGUACAAGUCUGCCGCUGAAUGGGUUUAUGCUGAAGGAGGACAAGUGCCUAAUGGUGCAGUACCGGGCGGAGAAGACUCUGGAGAAACCAUUUACGUCGCCAGAGCCCAUCACGGAGGUGAUAAUAUUCCAGGCAAACUUCAUCCAUCCCAUGAAUGUGUUUAUAUACCCUGGGGAGGAGAAGAACACAGUCAUCGCGAAUACCAGGUUCUAGUAAACUACUGUGGAUCCCAGCUGGAGUGGAAAUAUGCCUCUGAAGGAGAAAUCCCAACAGGAGCAAUUCAAGGGGGCGCUACUGCAGAUGGAGAAGUAUUGUACAUAGGAAGAACUUUGCACGAAGGAACUCUUACCAUCGGGAAAGUCCACCCUAGCCAUGGCGUUCUAUAUAUUGCUUACGGUGGCCAAGAGAUUUCGUACCCAAAUUAUGAGAUUUUAGUUUUAAAAUCUGUCACUUUUUGAGCAAGAGUAGUAAUGUAGAAAAGGCGAUCAUGGAAAAUAUAACUUUCGUAUGCUAGUAGCUUAAAAUAUUAAUAAAUGUAUAAGAUGUAUAUUUACAAAUUAAUUUAUACCUUUUAAAUUUAUUAAUUUGUAUCUGGCUUUCAUUUAAUAAUUGUUUUUAAAAAAAUCAGCUUUCUAACUUUUUAAGCACAAUAAAAGAUAAUACGCAUGCGUUACUUACUGUCUAAAUUAAAUAAUAUCAACUGAACAACCUAUUACAGCUCUGCUAAUAUUGUCUUCCGAAGAAUAAAGGAAUCUCGUCCAAACA